AUGAAGCUCAACAUCUCCUACCCGGCCAAUGGGUCGCAGAAAAUCAUCGAGGUCGACGAUGAGCGCAAGCUCCGUCCCUUCAUGGAGAAGCGCAUGGGCACCGAAGUCUCCGCCGAGUCCCUCGGCGAUGAGUUCAAGGGCUACAUCUUCAAGAUUACCGGUGGUAACGACAAGCAAGGUUUCCCCAUGAAGCAGGGUGUUCUCCUUCCCACCCGUACCCGUCUGCUCCUCGCCGACGGCCACAGCUGCUACCGCCCCCGCCGCACUGGUGAGCGCAAGCGCAAGUCCAUCCGUGGUGCCAUCACCGGUCUGGACCUUUCCGUCCUCGCUCUGUCCAUUGUCAAGCAGGGUGAGAGCGACCUCCCCGGCCUGACCGACACCGUUGUCCCCAAGCGCCUCGGCCCCAAGCGUGCCACCAAGAUCCGCCGCUUCUUCGGCCUUGACAAGAAGGACGAUGUCCGCAAGUUCGUCAUCCGCCGCACCGUCACCAAGGAGGGCAAGAAGGAGUACACCAAGGCUCCCAAGAUCCAGCGUCUGGUUACUCCCCAGCGCCUGCAGCACAAGCGCCAGCGCGUUGCCAUCAAGCGCCGCCGCGCUGAGGCUGCCCGCGAGGCUGCCAACGACUACGCCAAGCUCCUUGCCAACCGUGUCCACGAGGAGAAGGCCAAGCGUGACGAGCUCCGCAAGCGGAGGGCCUCGUCCAUGCGGAAGUAA